AUGAGUGGUCCCUUGGUGCAAGUGGAUGGAGAUGUGAUUCCUCUUAUGAGACAGCAUUUAGGGGUUUCGGUGUUGGUAGGGCUAUUUUUGGUGAUAUUUGGCCCCAUCUAUGCUCUGGUCAAGGUGGCUGGCUGGGCUCAUAGAGCAACCCCAUUCCAAGGGAGGCAUGCAGAUCUUCGAACUCUCGUUGGUACUCUAAAAUUUGGGUUCAAAAGCCGCAAGUAUCUCAGGGUUAUUGUUUAUCUGGACGAUUUGUAUUUACAAGAUCUCAAGGCUAUUAUAGACUUGUUGGAGCCUACAUCUUGCUCCAUCGCAUUUGAAGAGCGGUGGCUGCAGUGGCAUUAUCCUGCUGUGCGAUCGCGUGUGGUGGGAAAGUAUGAAGCGGACUUCAAAACAUUCGUCGAGCACGCUGCUGAAGAAGUUGGGAGCAACCUUAUUUUGGCUGUUUCGCCAAGCUUGGAGGGAUUUGAAGUGGACAUGACCGACGAUGGUGAUACGCGAGGAAACAAAAUUAUUGGGAAAAGACGGCGGGUCUGGCUCGAGGAGGAUUUUUGA